UUGGGCUUCGGUGUAGAACCUGUGAUCAGUUUCUCUCUGAUCGAGAGAGUGGUGAUUGUUAAAUAGAUGUGUCUGCAAUUAUGAAGGCGUAUACCAUAUUAUCGACAGUUCUGUUGUUGCUGGCUCUAUUGUCAUCGUCGUCUGCACAGAAUAAUGGUCAAUCAUGGUUCGAUAAUAGACAAGGCAAUACUGGUCAAUUCGGGGCAGACGGGAAUGCAGGGCAUCAAAUCUCAGUGCCCUUGAAUCAUGGAGGCACGAAUGCGUCGCCUGUGAAUUCAGCUGUAUUUGUGUCACCUGUGAAUGUGCCCUCGGUGGGCAAUCCUAACUGGCAACAUUCUAACGGAGGAUUUAACGCAGGUUAUCAAAACGGAGAAGGUCCUAAUAGAGUCCCUAACAAUAUUCCUAAUGUCAAUCCUAACGGGAUUACCCCUAACGGCGGCUAUUAUAACGGACAUCCCAUUACUGCAGUAUAUCCUAAUGGAGAUCAUUUUAAUGGGCGUUAUCCUAAUGGAGGCUAUCCUAACGGCGGUUAUCCUAAUGCAGCCAAUGGUUAUCCAAAUGGAGGCCCUAAUAGGAUCAACCCUAACGGUGUCUAUCAUAAUGGACCUGCCAUUACCGUGGUAUCCCCUAAUGAAGAUUAUUUCAACGGACGUCCUAACAAUGGAUAUCCUAAUGGCCACAUUCCUACCGGGGGUUACCCUAACGCAGUCAAUAGUAAUACGGGGAAUUUUAAUGGACACAAUCCCAACAUUGUUGUUCCUAACAUUCUUCACAAUGGAGGCUAUCCUAACGGAGGAUAUCCUAAUGGGGUCAAUGGUAACGUAGUUCCCCAGAAUGGAGGCAUUCCUAACUGGGCCAACGGUAAUGGUGGAAAUUUUAACGGACAAAAUGUCAAUACUAACUUUCCUAACGGGGUUCUCCACAAUGGAGGUAAUCCUAACGCUAAUGGGGCCAAUGGUAAUUGGGGACAUUUUAACGGACAAUAUCCUAACGUGUUUCCCUACAAUGGAAGCAAUCCUGAUGAUGGGGUCAAUGGUAACGCGGAAAAUUUUAACGGACAAAAUUCCGAUUUUGCUUCUCGUGACAUGGUCCACCAUAAUAGAAGCGUUCCUAACGGACGUAAUCCUAGCGAAAAUAAAAAUAUUGGCGGCCUUAAUAAUGGCAUGCCGGUAAGCGGAAGACUACAGGACUAUGCACAGUGUAGGGAGGAUGAGUUUCGCUGUGAAAACAACGAAUGUGUAGCGUCUAGUGCCAAAUGCGAUAAUAAAAUCGAUUGUCACGAUGCAAGUGAUGAGGCAUAUUGUAUCACGGAAGAAGAUCAAAAAAACGGUUGUGCAUUACCUGAACAUCCGACAGGCGGACGCUAUCAGUUGGAAAGAUGUGAGCUAUGCCGUACAUAUCCUGGCGACAGCGUCCCGCAGCACAGUACUCUCAUUUAUACUUGUAAUGACGGUUACAUGUUAAGUGGUAGCAAUACUACCAUUUGUCUCAACAACAUGUGGUUCCACAAUCAGAUCUCAUGUCUCAAGAUCUGCCCGGAGCCGAAGGGCACCACUGUCGACAUUUCCUGUAAUUAUCGAGGAGAAAAGGUGUCUUGUAACGAUCCUAUAUUGCCUGGUACACGAGCCACGUUAGCCUGUAAACAAUUUCAUAAAUUACCUUUAGUCAACAAUCCGGGUUACAAGACGAUAAAGUGUCUCGAUAGUGGUUUGUGGGAUCAUACCAUAUUUCGUUGUGAACCAGACUGUGGCAAAACCAUUUCGCAAGGCCAACAACUAAUUGUGAACGGCGUUAAGGCCAAGGCGGGCAUGUUUCCCUGGCAUGUUGGUAUUUACGAAAAAGAUGAUGCCAAGAGGUACCAGCAUAUAUGCGGCGGUAGUCUAAUAAGCAAUGACCUUGUCAUUUCAGCUGCACAUUGUUUCUACAACGAGACUGAAAAUAAACUUAACAAUGCGUCGAAUUACGCUGUGGGUGCCGGCAAAUACUUUCGUUCUUGGGAUACCCAGGAACAGUACAGUCAGAAGUCAUUCGUGGAGUAUAUAAAAUUGCGUCAGAAGUACAGGGGGGCGAGAAGUUACCUUGUCGCAGAUAUAGCUCUGGUGAAACUGCAGACACCCUUAAAUCUGAACAUGCUGGUCAGGCCCGUUUGCAUGGAUUGGCAAAACAUGUAUGACAAAGAGCAGCUGCGAGUGGGGCAAUCAGGCAAGCUGGCUGGCUGGGGUAAGGAUAUUACUGGCAAACCCACAGAGGACUUAUACGAAGUUACUAUGCCGUACGUGACGCGUCAGAAAUGUCUGGACAACGUACCUUCACAAUUCCGCGGAUUUAUCACGUGGGAUAAAUUUUGCGCCGGCCGUAUGAAUGGUUCAAGCGCCUGCGAGGGAGACAGCGGUGGCGGCCUAUGUUUUGAGACAAAUGACAUUUGGUAUCUUCGUGGUGUCGUCAGCGUAUCCCCCCAGAAGGAUGACCAUUGUGAUUACACUUCUUACGUUGCGUUUACUCAGAUCAGUCGCUAUCGUACUUGGAUUCACGAUUUUUACGUCAAAAUGUAAAUAUCUACGGGGAAGUGAGUUAUACGAUGCACGAAAUAAGUGGUCUAUAUUAUCGAGCCUGUGCAAUGACGCAAGACGAAUGGACGUGACGCAUGAAUGAAGUAGUAAGAGUGACAAAACCCUAAGAAUUGACGUUGGUUCUGAAUUUUGCGCUAUUUGCACUUCGUAUUUUGCAAAAUAUUCUAGCAAUUUCGAUGAACACUGGCGGACAAAUAGAAAUGAAAAUUCAUAGAUUUCCGCAACUCAG